UUUUUAAUAGGUUUACGGAGACUUUAGUUUUGAUGUACGACAGUUCAUUACAGUAUUUCGAUAGCCACGUGCAGGUCGUGUAGGUCGCAAGAAGAAAACGUCGGGACGUCUUUAUGUACGAUUACGUCUUGGCAGAUUAUUUUGAAAUCUAUUGAAGCAUUUACACAUUUUUGUUGGUUUCCCAAUACAAAAACAUAACAUAAAUACAUGAAAAAUUACUAUUACAUAUUUUUACACGACUUGUUUUGUUACAUGUGAAUUGUCCAAAAUAAAAAAUAUAUUAAUAUGAAUAACCAAACAUGAUAAAAAGGGAAACCGGUGCGUGUUCGGUUCGACUUGCAGUCAAGCACAGCGUGGAGCUGUUGGCAGAAUCCUAUGCACAAGCUUUGCGUUGGAUCCAUUCGAUUGAGCGUACGCUGGAUCGUCAUGUGAAUUUAAGAACCAAAUGUGCUUCGUUCAUCAAGGAAUACUUGGAACUGGGUCACAUGUCUUGGGUGGCGCAGGAAUUACGAGUAAGCUGAUCCAAGCAACUAUAGAACUAUAGUCAUAGAACUAUCAAGCAUGUGCAAAAUACAUAAACGAGAAAUAACUUCAUAAACUAAAAAAAAUAUGAUGCAUUUACACUCCACUCUUUACCUAAACCUGUACAAAAGAUGAGACGUACAGAUGAAUAGCGUAUCAUCAGGAUCGGCAUUCAACGCGGCGCAGACCCGACUUCUGGCGCCCUAUUUACAAAGAAGUCUAAGACUCUUACGGAUUUUCGCCGCAUUUGUGGUUUUUGGAUCUCCUUUUUAUUCUUCAUUUGUUUUGGGUACUGUACCUAUCGAUAUUGCACAUAAAAUUCCAAACAUUCAUCGAAAAGUUGAAGAUGGAGGAAAUUUUUCCCUUUAUGGUAUUAACACCACUGCUGAAAACCCGCUUAGUUAUAGCAACAAUGCAGAGCCUUCUAUUCAUUCGGAAUCCUUACUAAAAAGCGGAACCCAGGAAAGAUCUUCAAUUUUAACCAAACCUUUUUACAUAUCGCGGCCUAUACAGCUUGUCACCAAGUUUGACGUUGACAAUAUACCCCCAAAAGUACUUAAAAAUGUAAUUGGUCACGAUAAACCAUCUAAUCCAAUACCCACAGUAACAAUGGCAGCCGGUGCGUCAUCUCAUAAAGCGGCAUUAGAACUAAUAAAUUUACAUGGCGUUUUACUAACGACAGAAUCAACAAAAAAUAAAGCUAAUAAUAUUAAAAAAUUUCUCGAUUAUGCACAUUUAAGAGACCAUUUUAAAAUUGGCUCAACAGAAAUAGAGCAAUCUCGGAUAUUUCGUACUACCCAUCACCACGAACACCAUUUGGGACCAUUUUUUGAAGAGCACUCUAGCUUUAAAUCUCAAAAUGAUGGUCAUGUAUCAGCAGUUCACUUGUUUACAGAAGCUGCACUGAACUGUCGAGUUGGUAUGCUUAAAGACAAAACGGUGAUGUGGAUAAGACGCACAGCCGAAAAGGUAUCCCUCCUUACUGUUGGAAACAUUACCUAUAGUGGAGAUCCAAGGAUUCAAGUAAAAUAUCAGUACCCUAACAAUUGGCGUCUAUUGAUUAAUCCAACGCAGAGAGAAGAUGCUGGAAUUUAUAUGUGUCAGGUUUCUACGCAUCCACCACGAUUUUUUACCACAAAUUUAACUAUAUUGGAACCACCCCUCAGAAUAAUCGACGAAAAUGAAAGGGAUAUUGGGGACCGCUACUAUAAAUCAGGAAGCACAGUAGAUCUUCAAUGUCAAGUGUCGCGCAAUUUUUUUGAAAAGGAACGUUUCAACAUCAUUAAGACACAUGAAUCUCCCAAUCCUAUUGCAAAAAUUUUACAUAACGGGACAUCUAAAGAAUUAAAUUCAAUCAGUAGCACCAAUACACAUAAUAUUACUGGAAAAGACUUGGAAAAUAACUUUUCAAACUUUAUUACUUGGGCAAAGGACGAAAAAUUACUGAAAAAACUGACAAGCAAUCUAUCAAGCGUUUCAGGUAAAUGGCUAACUAGUCGAAUUUCUAUUGGGGAUGCAAAACUUUCUGACAGUGGAAACUAUUCUUGUUCUCUGGGCAAACUAUUUACCGUAAUAGUUCAAGUUCAAGUUCUCACAGGAGAAAUUCCCGCUGCUGUGCAACAUAACAAAGCGACGAGAUCUGAAUAUUAUAUUCUGGCACAAUUGGGCCUUUUCUUAUUGAUAUUUAAAGUCAUAUUCUAGAUAAUUUUAUUUUUUAAGUAUUGAUGUACGUGUUACAAGCUUAAAAUUUUUGUUGUAAGUUUCUAUUCAAUUUUCAAGAUUAGAUACUAAAAAAUUAAAAUAAACUGACUAAAAGAAU